CACUGUUGAUUGGUUAGAUCAAGCAAUUAAAAAAACGUAGAACACGCCCACUCAAUUACAUUUUUGCUCUAUGACUGUCUGUCUGAUUGACAUUUGUAGACAUUUGUGUAGGUGUGUUGUGGUGAUUUCGGGAAAUUUUAGGUCAAUAAUUUUCAAUAACUUAGAAGUGCUCAGUUUGUUUCUUCGUGUGUACAUAUGGAAAAAUAUUUGUUAUUGAUACCUACAUAAAAAUAGUGAAUGUGAAUAUAAUGUGUGUGGUAAAAUAAUCAAAUUUCAGAAGUUAUGACUCUGAAAAAAAUUGCAAAAAUGUCAACAAAAUCACAAAUAUCUACAGAGCUGAGCGAAAGCAUCAGUAAUGUACUGGGAAAAAAUGUUAAGAUACUCUAUAAAUCCCUUAUCCGCAUGGAAUCAAGAGGUGAUAAAGUAGAUAACAGAGUUUUAGUUGUUACUUCUUUCAGAAUAUUUAUCACAACAACAAAAGUACCCACACGGGUUGAUAAUGGAUUUCACCUGAUGGAAAUAGAGGCCUUAGAAAGCAAAAAGGCAAAUCAUCUAUCAAUAACAUUAAUCCAUGAACACAAACCAGUGUCGAUUCUCAUAGGUGAAGAAGGAACCUCUGAUGGUGUCCUAAAUGUGAUACAUGCCCUAGUAGCAGCAUUUGAUGACCUAUUCCCAAAUGUAUCCAUGGAGGAUGUCAUAUCCAAGGUCAAUUUGCCUUUCCAACUUCCAUCUGUAACUGGAACACGAAAACAUUCCACCUGCGGGGAUUUCUCGAAUCAAUAUGCUGCAAUGUGUGAUCUUUGCCAAACGCCUUUUAGGGCGGAAGUAGCGUGGGAUAUAGACACAAUUUACCUAGCUCACGAUAUAAGAAUGUUGCAUUUGAAGGAUUUCGACCACCUAGAUCAAAGGGAUCUGAUCCCGCUGGUGAUAGCGCUGCAGCACAACACUUGGUUCACGGGCGUUUGCGGGGACGGCGUCCGCGCGGGGGGCGAGGCGUGGGAGAGCGUGUGCCGCCUGGCGCGCUGCGCGUGCCCGCCGCCGCAGCGCCUCAGCUGGCGCGCCGCGGCGCUGCGCCACGACCACGCCGCGCGUCUGGGCCACGCGCUCGCUCGUGCUAAGCGCCCUCCGGCAAUGCACACUAUCGACUUCUCGCAGAACCAUAUUGAGGAUAAGGGUGCGAUCAGCGUUCUGACCGGGCUGGCGAGCAACCCGGAUGGUCUCAAGUACAUCGCGCUGUCGCAAUGCGGCCUGACAGGCAAGACUGUUACCUACCUCGCGACGAUGCUGAACGAUAACCCGUGCCAUCUCUCCACGCUAUCCCACCUGGAUCUGUCGCACAAUAACCUGAAGGACGAUGUCCAUAAUUUAUACAACUUCCUCGCACAACCCAAUGUAUUGACGCAUUUAAACUUGACUAACACAGAAACAACGUUAGAAAAUACUGUGAUUACUAAGCGUAAUAACAAUCACCAACAUGACGUUCAGAUGUGGGGUGCCUUGCUCCGAGGAUGCGCGGCGCGGCUGUCCUCGCUCCUCGUGGGACGGAACCCUUGGUCCUCCGCCAGGAGACCUAAGGACCCCCCACCUUCCUUCAGACAGUUCUUCACAGCCUGUCUGGCCCUCACCGACUUAGACUUCUCAUACUGCAAGAUGCCGCCCGAUGCACUCAAGAGCCUGCUGCUGGGGCUGGCGUGCAACGAGAGCGCGACGGGCGUGGCGCUGAACCUGGCGGGCGUGCUGGCGUCGGCGCAGGCGGCGCACGUGCUCGAGUCCUGCAUCCACGGCGUGCGCUGCCUCACCUCGCUCGACCUCUCCGACAACAGUAUGGAGUUUGAAUUGUCUGGCAUCGUGAGAGCUAUAGGAAAGAAUCAUUCCAUCACACAUUUAUCACUAAGCAAAUUGACGGGGAAAAGAUCGUAUGCGCCGCCUCUAAUACAAGCUCUAGUCCACGUUCUUCAAGAACCAGAUACCGCCUUGACUUCAUUAGAUCUCAGUGAUUGUAAACUUAAGGGAGACCUAUACGGGUUGUUGAACGCCUUGGGCGGGGCUCGCCGCCUGCGCUCGCUCGACGUGGGAGGCAACCUGGCGGGCGACGCCGGGGCGCGGCUGCUAGCGAAGGCUCUCCAGUGCAACUGCACUCUGCACACCCUGUAUAUCGACCGCAAUGCGUUCAGCUUGCAAGGUUUGACGGACAUCGCGAUGGCGCUGCGUCGCUCGGUGAGCGUGCGGCGCGUAGAAUUCCCCGGCUGCGACGCGGCGGCCGGCGGCCGUGCUGCCAGCGAACGUGUCGCUACGCUGUGGCGGGAGCUACACGAGAGAUUAGCAGGCAACGCCACCGGCGCUCAAUCCCACCGACUCCGAGCGUUGGCCUUAGAACGCGCGUGGGCGGGGGGCGAAGCCGCGGCCGCUUUAGCAGCCCAAGCUGCAGCCGCCUUGCCCCCUCCACCGCUGCCGGCGGCUUUGGAGAGAGCCGCCGCCGCUGCCCAUCACUUGCUGCAUCAGUACUUGCAGAGAUGCGGCGAAGUGUUCGCCGCGAUGGGAGGCGGCGGCAGCAGCGGCGAGCUGGUGACGCUGCAGGCCGUCCGCGACGCCAUGGCGCCCUGCUCCACCACGCUGCAGGAUCUACUCAAUGAAGCCGUAGAGAGUCUAGCUCUAUCUGCGUGUGAGAGCGUGGACGGUGGGGACAGCGAGCCCAUCCAAAGCGUGGACCCAGAUAUUCCUGAUCUACUUACACCCAUUUCGCAUUCUGGGGCCACGCCGCUCGGCUGCCGGCGGCGCGAGCGCGGCGGGCGGCGCGUGCGGCCCAAGUCGGUGGCGGAGCAGCAGUGCAGCAGCAACGAGAUGCUGUCGCUGCCGCCGCUGCACGCCGAGGCCGCCGACGCGCUCGCCGACCUGCCCGCGCACACGCUGCGGCACCUCGUCAAAGGUACCCACGUGACGUCACAGCGGCGCGUGCGGCCCAAGUCGGUGGCGGAGCAGCAGUGCAGCAGCAACGAGAUGCUGUCGCUACCGCCGCUGCACGCCGAGGCCGCCGACGCGCUCGCCGACCUGCCCGCGCACACGCUGCGGCACCUCGUCAAAGGUCGACCCAGACGAGCAAAAACACGAGCGCCGUCACGCCCUAUUACCGAUCAGUCACAAGACAUCGAUGAAGGUCUGGACGAGUUUUGGCGCACUUGCCGCACACCGCCGGGCAGCGAGGAGGCGUCGCUGUCGACGCGCACGCCGCUGACGUCACGCUCGCUGCACUCGCUGUCGUCGCUGGCCUCGCCCUCGCCGCUGCGCCACUCGCCCACGCUGCAGCGCGACGACACCAUGUAAGUGCCGCCCG